AUGGCAGACCACGAAGACGAGUUGGCCACCACCAGAACCGACGGCUUCAAAGUCGGUGAGAAGAAGACCGUUGAGGAGUACCAGAAGCUAGUGGGCAUGGAAAUUACUUAUAUUCAAGCUACCGCUCUGUAUUUACUUUUGUCUAUCUUCGAAACCGUUGCUGACCAGCUUGUUCUAGACCAGAACGACGAAUCCCUCAACCGAUGGAAGGCCUCGCUAGGCCUGGGAAGCGGUACUCCCAUUUCCAACCCUAACGACCCUCGCACCUGUAUCAUCAAGUCGCUUGCUCUCGAGGUCGCUGGACGAGAAGAUAUCACCAUUGACCUCUCGGAACCUGGAGCGGUCGACAGUCUCAAGGACAAACCGUUCACCAUCAAGGAAGGCUGCCGAUUCCGCAUCAAGGCCACGUUCCAGGUGCAGCACGACGUUCUCAGUGGCCUGAAAUAUGUUCAGGUUGUUAAGAGAAAGGGCAUCAGAGUGAGCAAGGACCAGGAGAUGCUGGGAAGCUAUGCUCCCAACACCACAGAUAAGCCAGUAUAUGAGAAGAAGUUCAACGAGGAGGAGGCUCCCUGUGGUAUGCUCUCCCGAGGACGCUAUAACGCCGUUUCCAGAUUCGUCGAUGACGAUGAUGUCGACCAUCUCAAGUUCGAAUGGACCUUCGAAAUCGCCAAGGACUGGUAG